GACCAGCACACACACACCCCUCAGCACCGGGGAUGCAUCCUCGCGGCACGGGCACGGACAACUCCUCGUUAGAGCCGACUUUAGGAUGGUGAAGAAAUCUCUCAACGGCGGGGUUUACCCAACUCAAGCCGGGGAGAAGAAGCACAAAGUCGGUUUUGUCGGAUUGGACCCCGGGGCUCCUGAAUCCAGCAGGGACGGGGCGCUGCUCAUUGCGGGCUCGGACAGCACCAAGCGGAACAGCAUCCUCUGCAGACCGAGGUCCAGCAUCUCCGCCGGGAGACCCCGACCAUCGAAGAAAAAUGCCAGCUAUCGGAAACUACAGAGUUUCCUCUACAAUGCGCUGGAGAGACCGCGGGGAUGGGCGUUCAUCUACCACGCUUAUGUCUUCCUCUUGAUCUUCUCCUGUCUCAUCCUCUCAGUGUUUGCCACCAUCAGAGAGUUCAAGAAUAGCUCAGAGAGUGCCUUGUACAUCCUGGAAAUAGUGACCAUCGUGGUGUUUGGAGUGGAGUACAUCGUGAGGAUAUGGGCGGCUGGCUGCUGCUGUCGGUACAGAGAAUGGAGAGGGAGGCUCAAGUUCGCCAGAAAGCCUUUCUGUGUCAUAGACAUCAUGGUGCUGAUCGCCUCCGUGUCAGUGCUGGCGGCCGGUUCUCAGGGCAAUGUGUUCGCCACCUCGGCCAUCAGGAGUUUGAGAUUCCUGCAGAUCCUGCGCAUGCUGCGUAUGGACCGCCGGGGGGGCACCUGGAAGCUGCUGGGAUCUGUAGUUUACGCCCACAGCAAGGAGCUCAUCACAGCGUGGUACAUCGGCUUCCUGUGCCUCAUCCUGGCUUCAUUCCUGGUCUACUCCGUGGAAAAAGAUUCAAAUACUGAGUUUGAGACCUAUGCUGAUGCCCUUUGGUGGGGACUGAUAACUCUCACCACCAUUGGUUAUGGUGAUAAGGUUCCAAAGACCUGGAAUGGUCGCAUGCUGGCAGCCGCGUUCAGCAUGAUCGGGGUGGCCUUCUUUGCACUUCCUGCUGGCAUCCUGGGUUCUGGCUUUGCCCUGAAGGUACAAGAGCAACACAGGCAGAAACAUUUUGAGAAGAGACGUACCCCUGCAGCAGGCCUCAUCCAGGGUGCUUGGAGGUUUUAUGCUACCAACCUUUCCCGGACAGAUUUGAUGUACACUUGGGAUUUUUACGAGCAGACUGUAGCGAUCCCAAUGUACAGACUCAUUCCACCUCUGAAUCAGCUGGACCUGCUGAGGAAUCUGAAGGGAAAGUCAUUCAGGAAGGACUCUCAAGCUGAAACCUCUCCCAGUCGGAAGCCCAGCCUGAAGGACAAGGUGUUCCCAAGUCCUUCCAAGGGGAAAGCUCAGUCUCCGGAGGAGGGGGCCGAGGCCAGUCCAAGCAAAGUUGCAAAGAGCUUGAGUUUCAAUGAGAAGAACCGAGGGCCAAAGCACGCCUUCAAAGUCCGGGGCAGCGCCUCACGCCAAAACUCAGAGGAGGCCAGCCUCCCAGGAGAGGAAAUUGGUGAUGAUAAGAGCUGCCACUGUGAGUUUCUCACUCAGGAAUUACCUCCAGGUGUGAGGGUGACAAUAAGGGCAAUAUGCAUCAUGAAGUUUCUGGUGUCAAAGAGGCGGUUCAAAGAGAGCUUGCGGCCUUAUGAUGUCAUGGACGUGAUCGAGCAGUACUCUGCAGGUCACUUGGACAUGCUGUCCCGUAUCAAGAACCUGCAGUCCAGAGUUGACCAGAUAGUUGGUAAAGGGCCCAAAGGUGACGGAGAGGCUUCAGAUGACCAGAGCAUGAUGGGACGUCUGGUGAAAGUGGAGAAGCAGGUGGUCUCUAUGGACAGGAAACUAGAUUUCCUGGUCAAUGUGUACGUGCAACGUAUGGGCAUCCCUCGAUCAGAAACAGAUGCCUUUUUCAACUCCAAAGAGCCGUAUCCAGCCCCGCCUUACCACAGCCCCGAGGAGGAGAAGGAGGGCAAAGAGGAGUUGAAGGAGGAGAAGGAGGUGCAGGUAUGCUCACCUGCAGAACUCCCCUGCUCUGACAGCUCUUUGGAAAAGAAAGAUCCUUUACUGGGUCGCUCUGUGCCGAUAUCGAUGGGCACUCCCUCUGGCAGCCACAGCCGCGCUUCUACCUCCUGGCAGCACCAGCUGCAGCACCCCCUCAGCCAGCCCGCCUGGAACAGCAGCGUGGCCAACUCCCCAUCACCAGUGGGAGGCAGCAGAGACCAUUCACCCAACCUGUUCCGCCUCCCGCCUCCACCUGCUCCAGUUCACGAGCGAGGCUCUUCUGGCCCGGGCAGCAGAGAGAGCGACUCCCAGAGCAGGAGGCGCCACCGGAGGCCGAGGUGCCAGCAGGACGCCGCCGCUGUAGAGAGCGAUACUUCUCUAUCCAUCCCGUCUGUUGACCACGAGGAGCUGGAUCGCUCCUUCAGCGGCUUCAGCAUCUCCCAGGCAAAGGAGGACUUCUUUGGGCCGACUUUCUUCACAGGCUCAGGAAGGGGCGCCAACGCAGCGCCUGCAGCCGCCGCUGCUCCUUCAAUCUGUGCCAGGGUACGACCCUUCAUAGCAGAGGGCGAAUCAGACACAGACUCCGAGCUCUACGCCCCCUCACCUCUGUCAUUCACCGGAGAGGUCACAUGCGGAGAAAAGGGGUGGCCCGGACUGAAGUAGGUCAGGAAGAACUGCUACGCCCGGCAGAGGCGCAUCAGGUGACCUAUCAUGUGACCUUGUAGCCAACUGACUGACUGUUGCUGCUGACCGUGCUAUUUAAGGUUAAAAGUUAAGUCAGCGAUUCUAAAGAAAGGUUGUUGAUAUUUGAACUCAAUACCAACAAAUACCCUGCUCCAGAUUUACUAUCCCUCCCACUGCCUUUCCCUUUAUAAAUACAUCCAUGUUCUGCCCCCGGUUGCUGAUUGGCUGGAAUGGUGUUGUGUCCCUUUGCUGUUUUCACACUUACAGAACCAGGGCUGUGAAAGAACAAACACAGAGCAGACGGUUAGCAAACUCAAAGGGAGAUAUUUACUCAAGUUGACAAAAGUUGCAUUCGAUUAGAAUAGCGGACUCCACCUUUAGGCGUAUGGUUAUAAUUAGCAGUUUAUAACUGAAAAUAAAAUCAAAGGGUCGUUUGUAUCACCUUUUUUGUUUAUUAAAGGUAGGGUAGGUAAGUUUGAGAAACCGGCUCGAGAUACACUUUUUGUUAUAUUCCAU